AUGCCUGAAAAAACUGAUGACAAGAUCAACGAACUCUUCAAUGAGUCCUCCGAUGAUGCCGUUGACUCCUGUUCAGGUAAAAAACCCAGGAAAGAUGCUGCAAACACACCAGGGUUAAGAAAAGAGAGGAGAAAAAAGAAGGGCAGACAAGGUUCCAGCAGUAGGAUUAAUGAAUGUCCCUUGCAGCUGACAUCUCGUAGAAGGGCAGUAACAGAAGAGGAAAAAAAGAAAGCAAUAGAAAAGGCAAGUGCAGCAUCAUCUGGAAACAGUUUUAUGGUUGUUAUGCGACCGUCACAUGUCUCCAAUGGAUUCUACAUGUCUAUCCCUUGUGAGUGGGCCAGGAUGCAUCUCCGUCAUAAAAGUCAAGAUGUUGUUCUCCGUGUUAAAGAGAAUUCAUGGCAGGUCAAAUAUCAUCAAAAAGCUUAUAAUAAUGGCGGAUUGGAUGGUGGUUGGAAGAAUUUUGUUUAUGACAAUUCCUUAGAAGAAUUUGAUGUGUGUUUAUUUGAUCUAGCCAGUGGACCGAAUGAUGGCAUCGUGUUAGACGUUCAAAUUUUCCGAGUUGCAGAGGUGAUUUCACCAGCACAAGUUACUCCGGACACCUCAAGCCCAAUUACGGAUGGAGGCCGACUCGAGGAACAUGAUGAAUGA